UUAAACAAAUUUAACCAAGAGCCCCUCGCGCCUCUUCGAAGCCAUGGCGAGCACUCAAGCAGAGAGGCUGGAUUGGAUGUACGAGCAGAGUGCGGCCUCUUGCAAGCCGAAUGACGACGAGCUAAUGAACAUGCCGGUCUCUGCCUCGAAGGACAAGGACAUCGAAGAUGUCAAGAACCUACAGAAUAGCACAGCUGGUUCGCUGUUCCUCACCAGCGCCACAAAGACUACAGAGGACAUGGUCCGAAAGUUGCGAGAAGAUCCACUGUUCCAGAUCCGACGGCAAGAACAAGCAGCGAAAGAGAGCAUGAUGGCGAACCCGCUCAUCAUGGCCAAGAUCAAGAAGAAGCAGGAGAAGGCUGCAAAGAAAGCGGCAAAGAAAGAGAAGAAGGCUGUAAAGAAGGCUCUGAAGAAAGCUGCCAAGGCUGGAAAGGCAGCGAAAAAGAAAUCCAGCAGCAGCUCCAGCUCUGAGGCAGCUCCAGCUCCACCACCCGUGCAGAAGAGAGCUCGAGAAGAGAAAGAGGAGCCAGAUUUGUCGACGCUGGGGCCUAGCCAGAUCGUCAUGAGCAAGCGAAUGGAAUACGAGGAGCGAGUGAAGCAGCAGAAGGAUGCUGCCCUUGCAAGCCGUGGCUUGGGCAGGCGGUUGACAGAUGAGGAAAAGGAGCAGCGAGUUCAGCAGAUGAGGGUUGACGCAAAGAAACACGAGAGGAUGAAGGAGGAUCGGAUCGCUUCUGCUGACGUAAGGGAACAGCAGAUUGAGGAGUUGGAAGCAAAGAUGCGGGAGAAAUCCGAUCAGAAGUACUUCCGGGACUUGCGGAAGGAUGCCUUUGCAGGGGACGCUGAGAUGUCUGUGGCGGACCGCAUCAAGUCCCAGCGACACCGGAGACAAAAGAACAUCAACGACCCGUUGGAAAAGGACUGACGGCUCUGGAGCUGUGUGUCAUCUUUGGAAGUUCCCCGUCCAGCGUUGCAAGCCCAGGUGUGUUUUGCCUUUCUGACCUUGCAAAGAUGCAGCUCGAUAACGCACGCACGCCUCAUCGCGAAA